AUUAUUGAGACAAAACACGGGGCUGUUUUUGAUGCUAUUCCUCUAACCACUGAGCACUGGGCAGGUAUUAUUACCAACAGGUGAAACAAUGGCAGAACCCAGCAAGCAGGAUAUUUCUGCUAUUUUUAAGCGGCUCCGCUCGGUUCCUACGAACAAGGUUUGCUUUGACUGUGCAGCUAAAAACCCCAGCUGGGCCAGCAUCACCUAUGGAGUAUUUCUCUGUAUAGAUUGUUCUGGGACUCACAGGUCUCUGGGAGUCCACCUGUCUUUCAUCAGGUCCACUGAGCUGGAUUUUAAUUGGUCGUGGUUCCAGCUAAGAUGUAUGCAAGUGGGAGGCAAUGCCAGUGCAAUCACAUAUUUCAACCAACAUGGGUGCACAGUCAGUGCUGCCAAUGCCAAGUACAACAGUCGGGCUGCUCAGCUGUACAGAGAGAAGAUAAAGAAUUUAGCCACACAAGCUACCAGACGCCAUGGAACUGAGCUGUGGCUUGACAGUCAGGCUCCUCUGUCUCCAACAUCACCAGACGACAAGCAGGUGGAUUUCUUCAGUCUGCAUUCACAGAAUCCUCCUGAAAAUUUGAACAUGGCCAAAAUGAGUCUCAGCUCCUCCACACCCGAGAAGCCUUUGACCACGGAAAAAGACGAAGAUCGAAAUGGUAAUUUAGAGGAGGGACCUAGUGUGGAAAUGCUGAGUGUGUCUCCGAAAGCAAAUCCAGAGCCCUCCUCUCUUCUCAAGAAGAAGCCAGCAGGUGCCAAAAAAACAUUGGCCUCUAAGAAGGGCGGUCUGGGUGCUCAGAAGGUGAGCAGCCAGAGUUUCUCAGAGCUGGAGAAGAAAGCUCAGGCUGCUGACAAACUCAGAGAGAAAGAAGAGAGCUCCUCUGGUGCCAAGAAGAAUAUUCAACCUGAAGAGUCCAUCGCUCCUUCCAUGCGACUGGCCUAUAAAGAUCUUGAGCAGCAGAGAAAACGUGAGGAGCAGAAGCUGAAGGGAUUAGAGGGGAAGAAGAGGGAGCAGGCUGAGAGGCUGGGCAUGGGUCUGGGCAUCAGGAGUAGUGGAGUUUCUCACUCUGUGAUGUCAGACAUGCACAUCAUCCAGCAGGAAAGUCCACUUGGAGCUAAGACCACCAAAGGGCGACGAUUUACUGACGAAGACGAGGAUGAAGGGUCUUUCAGCUCUAGGGUCCUGUCUCGGUUUGAGGAUCAAACAGAGACCUCAGAUGAUUUUUCUUCGCGGUGGAGUGAAGGACUUGAUGGAGGAGGCUGGAUGAAAGAGAGCAAGAAACCAGAGCCAGACUUCUACUUGUCCUCCACCAUAUCUUCACUUGAUGACAGGCCCACAGCCAGGAGGAAACCAGAACCAGUACCCGUCUCAGACACAGGAGAAGCUCGGAAAAAGUUUGGACAGGAUGUCAAAGCCAUCUCGUCCGACAUGUACUUUGGAAAACAAGACAACUCUGAGUACGAGGCAAAAACACGACUGGAGAGAUUUGCUGGGAGCGCCGCUAUAAGUUCAGCAGACCUAUUUGAUGAUCCAAAGAAGCAGCCCGCGAGUUCAUACCGUCUGACCGACGUGCUGCCCAGCGCUCCUGACAUGUCGCAGCUCAAGCUCGGAGUUCGCUCAGUUGCAGGGAAACUGUCGGUCAUGGCCAGCGGCGUAGUUAGCUCGAUUCAGGAUCACUACAGUUCCUGAGUCACAGUGUGUCUGGUUGGAUUCAACAUCUCUGCUUGUGCUCUGUUUAAUGUUAAAUAACAUUUCCAGUGAGUGACGGGAGCUCAUCUUGGGAGAGAAAAAGAUCAGUGUGAGGAGCCGGUCUGCAGGAUUUACCCCAAAAUUACUCUGUAUAUAUCUAUACCCAGUUUAGAUAUUGUAUAGGCUCAACAGAUGCUAGACUCAAAUCAAAAUGAGCAAAGCACAACUUUUUCUGCAGACAUCACGAAGGGAGGUUUCUGUAUAUAGGACAGUCAUGAAGAAUAUUUAGUUUACAUUCUAUUGCUUAGUUUGCUUUGAGGUUUGGGGGUUUAAAUAUUUAGAAAAAAUUUAUGUAGCAGUCUGAGACGGUUUGUGGUGUUAUGAAGGAGGGGUUACCUAUUUGAUUUCGUUAGCUGAAGAGGUCAAAAUCUAAAUAGGGGAGACAGUUCUGUUGUAAUUGCUUAACUGGACAACACACUCUUGCUCAUGCUCAACAUGCACUCUCUAGUGUUGUUUUGUGCUUUUCUUGUGCACAUUGAUGCAGGUUUAAAAGUGUCCUUUCUGUCCCCAAAGUGCAAUUAUGUUUGCUCUUCCACAGACAGGACCAAAAGCUGAUAAAGAGGCCUUGGGGGACCAGAUAUAUAUAUUUCUUAAUUGACUAUCAGUUAUGUAAACUGAUGAUUGAUGGCCUCUUUAGCACAUAAGCGUCAUUAUUCUGUGAAUAGCAACUUUUUAAAAUUGUUUUGUUGGCCUUGCAGAUGUAAUUACAAAAAGCCAGGAUGACAUGUUGAAGCAGCUGUUAAAUAUGAAGUUUAGAGGAAUACACAAGGAAUAGUAAUGCGCAUUUGCUGAGAGUUAGAUAAAAAUAUCCACACUACUUUAAUAUGUUAGUCAGGCUGGCUGUUAGCUUAGUUUAGCAUGAAGACCAAAAAUGCUUAGCCUGGCUCUGUUCAAAGCCGGUUUUCCUGCAAAGAGGAAUUUUUGGUGCCCUCCAAAGACCAGUUUUGUUCACUGGGGUUUCAGUUACCCCCCAAAGGCUCAUUCUGAGCCAUGAAGAACUUUGCAAAGCCACCAAAAUCUGCCUGCCACCAGCUCUAAAGCUCACCGAUUAUAUGAUUGUAUAUUCUCUACAAAUACAGAAUACUACAAAGUGUAAAAACAGAACAAUGUACACCGUACACAAGCUCUAUUUACAACAUUGCCUGUUACUACUCACAGAUGAGAAAAAGACUUAAAGCAGCCAAGUGGUGUCAGGUCUUCUCAGCUAAUUCUCAGCAAAAUUUCAAAAGUAUCUGCCUAUUCCUUGAAAUGACACUCUUAACAAAUCAACCCAACUACACCAGAAUUAACCUUCUUGAUGAAGGUCAGUUGCACUAUUUGUUAAAUUAUUUUUUUUCCUCAGUCCAGUUGUUUAGAAUUAGACACUAUGGUCAAUGUUGUAAUAUAGAGAUUUAUUGAACUUAGAGGGGUGCCUUUAAUGAGGUUUUGGUUUGAAUUUUGUUGAAAUCUCUAUGUAGAUGUUUGUGGUGAAUUUCAAGAUUGUAGCCUUUGGUAUAUGAUCUAAUAGCACAUUCUAAGGACUGUUGAAUGCCAGGAUUUCCAGAUGUGGUGAGACCUUUUUGUAGCUUUCAGGCCUCAUUUCCACUUCAAAAAUGAAUGCAAACAGUCCCUUUAAAACCUUCAGAGUUCCAUUUUUGUUAAUGUAACACACUGCCAAGGUGUUUUCUUUAAUUAAGAGAGAUGGUGAAACAGAAACAGCACGAUGGUUUGUGCCAUAGUGGGAUUUGGGGUUUGAUUUUGAAAAACAGUACGGAAGCAGCUGUUAUCUGCUCCUGGCUUUGAUAUUAAAAAAACUGCAGCUUAUGCUUUAGCAUUUCAGCAAAGUUUUCCAUCAUAUUAACAAUUCUACAUCUAGUAUAAAAUUGUUCGAUUAAGGGACUAGUGUUUUGUGAGCCCAGACUUUACACAGGAUGAAGGUAUUAUUGAGCAAAUUCUGUACUGUUGACACCUCUCAGGAGUUUGUUUUGAUGUGGUAGAAUAUGAAACACUAAAAGAGAACCAAGAGCUGUACGUCCUUCAGUGACCGAAUAUUUUUUUACACCCAUCACUUUAUGCCUUAGCCCAAAGAUCUUUAAUUAGCACACUCUAAUGUUGCAAUAUUGUGGAGUCUUUUAGUUACCUUUUUGCACAUAAUUUGUUAGAAAUCGCAUGUGGCAGCUUUUGCUUGGGUGUACUGUAAUUGUUCGCCUCUAAGUUUACACGUCCAUGUUCAACUUCCGUUUUGUUGAUCUUUGUAAGAUUGUUUGUGUCUUCUGCUGUGGAAUAUUGUUGAAUGUUACAUAGAAGAAUAGCAGCUUGUGUAACUUGCAUGGCCCUUGUAGCUUGUAGAAUACACAUCCUGAAUAAAAGAUGUUAAGUAAUAGCUGUAUAGUAGGCUACGGACUGCUACAUACAAUGUAGUAUAGGGCUUUGAAUUACCAUUUACAGGAAGCUACUGAUAAUCCGAUUUUGACAAUUUUUGACACUCAAAAUGUAGGUAAGAAUUUUGGAAAACAUGCCAAAUAAAUGGCUUGUGGCUAAA